AUGAAUUUUUCGAAAUUUUUCUUUAAAGUAAAUAUUUGUCUUGGCUGUACCCUAGUAAGUGAUAAUUCAUAUAUAAUUUUAGAAGAAGAUGAUGAAAUUGAGCAAAUGAUUGAAGAAUAUAUGGAAUUAAAGAAUUUCUUGAUGAAUAAUGUACCUUUGGUUAUAAGAUUACUUGAAUCUAAAUACUGUGAUCUAUCUGUGGAUGAAUUUAAUUCAACAGUAAGACAAUUAAAUAUUAAUUUUAGAAAAGAACAGAUUAAUAAUAAAGAAGAUUCAGAUAAAAAAGAGUGUAUUAGAGAUUUUAAUAACUAUAUUCUUAUAAAGCUUAAAGAUAAGUUAGAGAGAUUUGGCAAAUUGAUAAUAAGAAAAGUUAAAAAUAAUAAUCAAGUUGAAUUGGAUUGUUCAAGGUGUUCAUCUUUUCAAUCUACAAGAUGUAUUUAUGAAUUUUUAGAUUCGUUAAAGGAAAAUAAAAAGGAUAUUAGACUUUCUAAUGAUAAAUCUCUAUUAAAAAUUUAUAUGGAUUUUUUGUCAAUGAAUAUUUUUUUAGAUAAGAUAAUUUGUGAGUAUAAUUUGUAUAGAUGUCUUAUUAUUCUAAUAAUUGAAGUUAAAGAGAAGAUAUUAAGUUCGGAUAUUUUUAAUGGUGAAAAUGUAGUAUCUCCAUCUGAAUUUGAUGAAAUAUAUUCUUCUGAGGUAAAAGAAUCGUUAAGUAAAAAUUUUUUUAAUGAUUUUUCUCUAAGUACUACUAGUUUAAUAAAUAUUAAUGAUGAUGAAAAAAUUAAAAAAUUUUUUAAUGAGUUUUCUAAAUACAUUGUAGAAAUGAUUGUCUUAAUUGAAAAGUAUGAUUAUUGUAACAACAGUUUAACUCAUUUUGCAUUCGAUUCUUGUGUUUUUAAAUAUCUUGAUAAUUAUAAUGAUGUUUUAAGAAAAGAAAUUCAACAACUAAAUACAAAAUUAUCAAAUCUUCUUUUUAUAGAAAGUAAAAAUUAUAAAACCAAGUUAAAUUAUUACAUAAGAAUGUUACAUUUUUAUGAUUUGAAAUGUUAUAUUCCAUUCUCUUAUCUUAAAAAUAAUUAUAGUGUUUUAGAAAAAUGUGAAAACAUAAAAAACGACCAAGAUACUACUGAAGAUGAUAUAAUAUUUAUAUCUGAUGAUCUUUUAAAUAAAUAUGAAAUAAUCAUACUUAUUUUAGUCAACCCAUCAUUAAAAAGAUAUUUAUUUAAUAAAUUUCUUUUUUAA